AUGUCUUCCACCACCCAUUUUCCCGACCCGGGAAACUUCCAGCACCAGUCAAAUGAGUUUCUCACUUGGCUGGCUGGCAAGCCCGGCGUCAAAAUCAACCCCAAGAUCCAAAUUGCAGAUCUGCGCUCCCACGCUGCUGGCCGAGGUGUCGUGGCUCAGUCCGAUCUCGACGAAGGUGAAGAGCUUUUUACCAUCCCCCGCGCACAUGUUCUCUCGGUUCAGAAUUCCAAUUUGAAGAACCUGCUCUCCCAGAACCUCGACGAUCUUGGCCCUUGGUUGUCUCUCAUGGUUGUCAUGAUCUAUGAGUUUCUUCAAGGCGAUCAGUCUGCGUGGGCUUCAUACUUCCGGGUUCUUCCUCGCAAUUUUGACACCCUCAUGUUCUGGUCCGCCUCCGAGCUUGAGGAGCUUCAGGGCAGCGCUAUUGUCGAGAAGAUCGGGAAGCAGGGAGCCGAGGAAUCCAUUCUUGAGUCCAUUGCUCCUAUCGUGCGAGCAAAUCCUGCCCUAUUCCCUCCCAUCGACGGAGUUGCCUCUUACGAUGGAGACGCUGGGACCCAGGCCCUCCUUCACCUCGCACAUACUAUGGGAUCGCUUAUCAUGGCCUACGCUUUUGACAUCGAGAAACCGGAAGAUGAAGAGGGUGACCGUGAUGGUGAAGACGGCUACUUGACCGAUGAAGAAGAAGAAGAGCAAUCGUCCAAGGGCAUGGUUCCUCUGGCCGAUCUGCUCAAUGCGGAUGCCGAUCGCAACAAUGCUCGUCUUUUCCAAGAAGAAGAAGUCUUGGUUAUGAAGGCUAUCAAGCCUAUCAAAUCGGGCGAGGAGAUCUUCAACGACUAUGGGGAGAUCCCCCGUUCUGACCUUCUGAGACGGUACGGUUACGUGACUGACAACUAUGCCCAAUACGACGUUGUCGAGCUCUCAUUGGACCAAAUAUGCCAGGCUGCUGGCCUUGGAAGUGCCGAUAUUGAGACCCAACCUCCGCUUCAAUUCCUCGAAGACUUGGAACUUCUUGACGACGGCUAUACCAUCCCAAGGCCCUCUUCCCCUGAGGAUCCGUUGGCUGAUGUUCUUCCGGAUGAGCUCUUGCUAUUGUUGAAGACCCUGUCGCUCCCGUCCGACCAGUUGGAGAAGCAGCGCUCGAAGAACAAGCCCCCCAAGCCAUCCUUCGGUGAUGCGGAAGCCGCCAUCUUUGCCAAGGCUCUGCAGUUGAACCAGGCUCAGUAUGCGACUACCAUCCCCCAGGAUCAGGAACUCCUCGCCCAGUUGUCGCAGCUUGAAGCAUCCGGCCCGGUGGAAGGAUCUGUUCGUCGCAAGAAGAUGGCGAUCCAGGUCCGCCUCGGCGAAAAGGAGAUCUUGUACAACCUGUCCUUCAUGCUCGACAAGCAGUUCGGGGCCGCACUCCAGAGCAAUCCUCUCAAGCGUGCAGCAAAUGGCGACAGCGACGAGCCGCAGAGGAACAAAGCUCUGAGGACUUGA